GAAGGCGGUGGUCCGCCAUUUCGUGGACGCCGGGUGUGCGAGAGCAUCCGGGAACGCUGGGCGGGAGGGGACUGAGAAGACCUAGCCUAGGUUCUGUGGAUUUGGACCUCCGCAUUUCUAACCCAAGAUCUCGAAAUGCAUCGUGAUUCCUGUCCAUUGGACUGUAAAGUUUAUGUAGGUAAUCUUGGAAACAAUGGUAACAAGACUGAAUUGGAACGAGCUUUUGGCUAUUAUGGACCACUCCGAAGUGUGUGGGUUGCUAGAAACCCUCCCGGCUUUGCUUUUGUUGAAUUUGAAGAUCCCCGAGAUGCAGCUGAUGCUGUUCGAGAGCUAGAUGGGAGAACACUGUGUGGCUGCCGAGUAAGAGUGGAACUAUCGAAUGGUGAAAAGAGAAGUCGUAAUCGUGGCCCACCUCCUUCUUGGGGUCGUCGCCCUCGAGAUGAUUAUCGGAGGAGGAGUCCUCCACCUCGACGCAGAUCUCCAAGACGGAGAAGCUUCUCCCGCAGCCGGAGCAGGUCCCUUUCUAGAGAUAGGAGAAGAGAGAGAUCACUGUCCCGGGAGAGAAAUCACAAGCCGUCCCGAUCUUUCUCUAGGUCUCGUAGCCGAUCUAGGUCAAAUGAAAGGAAAUAGAAGACAAGUUUGCAAGAGGAGUGGUGUACAGGAAAUAACUUCAUUUGACAGGAGUAUGUACAGAAAAUUCAAGUUUUGUUUGAGACUUCAUAAGCUUGGUGCAUUUUUAAAAUGUUUUAGCUGUUCACAUUUGUUUGUCUGUUGGAACAGUGACACAAAGGUGUAAUUCUCUAUGGUUUGAAAUGGAUCAUAUGGGGCAUGUAAUAUCAAGAAUUGUUACUUUACAAUGUUCCCUUAAGCAAAAUUUAAUUUGCUUUGAAUUUUAGUCUUGCAUAGGCUGAUAAUAAACCUCUUAACUCCUGCCCAGCUAAAGUCAAUGUUUAACAUUAUGGAAAUAAAAACUGGCAAAAAUUGGAAGAUUUUUUUUCAACAUAGCUGGGAUAUGGUAUGCAGCUGUAGUUAAGCAGUUUUUAAACUGCUGUGAACUCAAAAACCAGCUGGAAAAAUUAAAGCUUCACCCUUAAACUAGAUUAGAGGUUUAAAAAUCCCACUAGUCUUCACACUGGACAAAAGGUUGUCCAGUUGGUGUAGAAUCUAAGAAGUUUCAAGGAAGUUAGUUUACCUUUGCUUUAGGUUGUAAGUUCCUUCUGUGAUUGCUGUAUAUGAAUACAUAGCUCUUUGUAACGUUCUUUAUUUGGAAAUCUGAGAUACUCAAGAUAACAAAUGUCCUGCCAGUUUAAGGGUACAUUGUAGAGCUGAACUGAGUUACUGUGCAAGAUUCUUUUUUCAUGCUGUCAUUUGUAAUAUGUUUUGUGAGAAUCCUUGGGAUUAAAGUUUUGGUUACAAAUUGUUGUUUAACCUGAAAGCCUGUUUUUCCUUGCAAAACUAAAAUCUGAGCUUGGUACCAAGUCCAGGUAUAACAUUCCUAUUGGAAGCCAUACUUAUAUUUUCUUGUAAAGUGCUUUUGAAAAUAAAAUAUAAGCAUAAUUGUAAUAGUUGAACCCACUAUUACCAUAGUUCUUGUCCCACAGAAGGCAGUUGGUUACACAAAUCUUAUUUUUUAAGAAAUAACGUUCGAGGCUUUUGAAGUGAAGGGACUUUCUGGUGUCCACCUAAGUGAUAUGUUUUUAGGAGCAGAAGCCAGUUUAAAGUCCAUGAUUAUUCAGUGACCAACAUUUUAAAGUAUAGCCACCUGAUACAUUAUAAUCCAAAGUUGCCAGUAAAAAGCUUUUAUCACUAGCAUGACAAUGUUCCACAGAGCUUUAAAAAUUGCUUCCAUUUUAUAUAAUUUGAGGUGUUGCAUGGGAAUUCUAAAUUGAUCCAUCAUUAUGUGAAAUUCACUACAUGGUUCAAAUGUAACAGUGCAGAAUUGAAAUAUGGAGGCAUGCAUAAUCUUCCUCUUAAAUAUCUAGAGGAGUUGUAAUUUCAAACUUCUGUGCAAUUAGAUUAAAUCAUAAUGCAACAGU